GGGCGUGAAAUGUCAGGAGGGGCUGGAUGAUUAUUUCGCCAAAACAAACGAGACAUUGAAAAAAGACGCGAGCCAAUACUUGAAAGCACUGGAAGUUUUCGAAAAAACCAAUUCUAGUUUUGAAUCUUUGACUACAUCCAUUAGGCACUUAUUCAAGCACAUAGAUCUUUCCAGGCAGGAUGAACUGUCCUCGGUCUUAUACGCAUUCCCGAAACUGCGCCCAGACCUCUUCCCCUUGGUUGAGGAGCGGAAGAUUUCCCAAAGAGAAUCCUCUCACAGAAUAUCUAACGUCUCCAUCAAGAGGAAGGAUGACUUUUUCUUCAUAUUCUUCCCCACUCGCACAAACGUGGAAUGGAUGUUCAAGUGCAUAAAUUACACGGACGGAAAAAUGUUUUACAGAACGGUUCCGGAGCCAAUCAAGGAUUUGGUUAUGGUGCAGCUAACUUGGGAAAAAUCGGCUGCGUUUAAGGAAAAUCGAACGCUGACGGCAGAAUACCGAUGGGCUCCGCAUAAGGAUGGUAAAAAUACUGCGUUUGUAACACAAGAAUUCAAGAAUGAUGAUGAAGAAUAGUGAAUUCAUACAUGAAAA